GGUGGGGGGGGGGGAAUGUUUAGUUUGGUGGUUUUGAGUUCGUUUUUACGUUGUGACUGAAGGAUCUCUCGUGUAAAGUCAGCGUUUUUGUUGCAAUGCCCCAAUGAUGUUUUAUUCAGAUGUUUCUCGGGUGGCCACAAUGAUUAGACCCUCCGCCGUUUCCUGACCAAGAAACAACGAGGAUCCUUCACUGUUUGGGAGAUCCACUGCCUCUCUGACGAACGUACCGUUUCCUUGGAUGUUUUUUCUGCUUCUAUUUUCGGAAGAUAGCUGCUUUUCCCAUGUCUCUGCCUGGCCACUCAGUGACUAAAUUAAGAGCGUUGUCCUGGUGACAGGAUUCGAUAGCAAAACGGAAAGGACCACAAUUGAUGGAUUCAAACAUGGAUUACGAGAGGCCAAACGUCGAAACCAUCAAGUGUGUCGUCGUGGGAGAUAACGCAGUGGGAAAGACUAGGCUGAUAUGCGCCAGAGCUUGCAAUGCCACUCUCACACAAUACCAGCUAUUAGCCACGCACGUGCCAACAGUGUGGGCUAUUGACCAGUACCGUGUAUGCCAAGAGGUUCUGGAACGUUCUCGUGAUGUAGUAGAUGACGUCAGUGUAUCGUUGCGUCUCUGGGACACAUUCGGUGAUCACCACAAGGACAGGCGGUUUGCGUACGGCAGAUCCGACGUGGUUGUGCUUUGUUUCUCCAUUGCAAACCCUAACUCUCUGCAUCACGUGAAGACCAUGUGGUACCCAGAGAUCAAGCAUUUCUGCCCGAGGGCGCCUGUGGUUUUGGUGGGAUGUCAGCUGGACUUGCGAUACGCUGACCUGGAAGCAGUUAACCGUGCACGACGACCUCUUGCAAGGCCAAUAAAACACAACGAGAUCUUGCCUCCCGAGAAGGGUCGUGAGGUGGCCAAGGAGUUGGGAAUCCCCUAUUUCGAAACCAGUGUGGUUGCCCAGUUUGGCAUCAAGGAUGUCUUUGAUAACGCCAUCAGAGCAGCAUUAAUUUCCAGGCGACACCUCCAGUUCUGGAAGUCCCACCUCAGAAAUGUUCAAAAAUCUUUGCUGCAAGCCCCCUUCCUGCCCCCCAAACCCCCUCCACCCAUCAUCACUGUCCCAUGUCCUCCCAAAACUAGUGAAGAGCAUCCAGCCUGCCUACUAGCUAAACCACUCUGUGCGGACGUCAUCUUAGUACUUCAGGACAAAGUUAAAAUCUACGCUCAUAAGAUUUACUUGUCUACCUCUUCCUCGAAGUUCUACGACCUGUUUGUGAUGGAUCUGAAUGAAGAUCCAGAGCCGAGCAGUGAAAGGUUUGUCGGCCACACUGGCAAGCAAGGCCGGGAGUACUUGAUGAGAGCUGCCAGCUUUGAUAUCAGCGAAAGCACAGAUGACAGUCCAGCCAACCACUCCAGCUCCAAUCUGAGGGCCUCGACGAGUGAUGGCAUCUUAAAACUGAACGGUUCGGAUAAUGGAGCGCAAGGAAAGAGUGGGUUCAGGAGGGGAAAGAUUCUGUCGUCGUGGAGCAGGGCUUUUGUCAGCAUCCAAGAAGAGAUGGCGGAAGAUCCCAUCACUUACAACACUCGGCUGAUGACCGUGGUGAGGAUGGACGACUCAGUCCAGCGGGAUGCUUUUGGAGCUGUCAUGCGCUAUUUGUACGUAGGUCAGCUGGAUGAGAAUGAGAAGGACCUGAUGCAGAUCGCUCACAUUGCCGAGCUGCUGGAGGUCUUUGACCUGCGUAUGAUGGUGGCCAAUAUAUUGAACAAUGAGGCCUUCAUGAACCAAGAGAUCACCAAAGCGUUCCAUGUCAGAAGAGCGAACCGGGUCAAAGAAUGCCUUGCUAAAGGGACCUUCUCAGAUGUCGUUUUCAAACCAGAUGAUGGAACAAUCUGUGCCCAUAAGCCUUUGCUGAUCUCCAGCUGUGACUGGAUGGCAGCCAUGUUCGGAGGUCCAUUUGUGGAGAGUUCAACCAAAGAGGUGUCCUUUCCAAACACAAGUAAGAGCUGCAUGCGGGCAGUACUGGAGUAUCUGUACACAGGACAAUUCUGCUCCAGCCCGGACCUCGACUGCAUGGAACUCAUAGUCCUCGCAAAUCGCCUCUGUCUUCCCCACCUGGUGGCGUUAACAGAACAGUACACAGUGUCGGGGCUUUUCGAAGCAGCAAAGCAAGCCGUGGACAUUGACGGAGAUGUUCUACUAUAUCUGGAAAUAGCACAGUUCCACUGUGCCCAUCAGCUAUCCGAAUGGUGCCUACACCACAUCUGUACCAACUACAACAACGUGUGUCGUAAGUUUCCCAGAGAAAUGAAGGCAAAAUCUCCUGAAAACCAGGACUAUUUUGAGAAGCACCGCUGGCCUCCCGUAUGGUACCUGAAAGAGAACGAUCAUUACCAGCGCACCCGCAAGGAGCGUGCGAAGGAAGACUACUUGUACCAGAAACGCCAGCUCAAGCACAAGUGGUUUUUCUGGCACUCCAGCUCGCCGUCUGCCUCCUCUCCCUCUUCCUCCACUGUAGUUUGAGACUCGGGCCUGGCUGGAGCGACUGUUUUACGGAUCACGAAUAAGAAUCCGCCACAAAAGUUGUUUACCGGCAGCUUGGAUCAGUGUGGUAAGGCUUGGCCUGAUAGCUUGGCUUGGCACCCAAAACUGCCCCCUGCCCCCGCCCCCCCCAUCCAGCGGUAACUUCUUUCUCACAUAAGAAGCAUUAAAGCCUGAUCUUUGAGCCCACUGUACCUCAAAUGCUGACGAGAUUGCACAGUCGAAGGGGAGGCAAAACCAUUGGUGAAUACGACAUGACUCCGUGAGCAGUGAGACAAGCUGUGAGGCAGCAAAGACUUGCAUUUAACUCCCGAGCUAACUGUGAUCUGGUAUAGAGGAUGCAGUUGUGGAAAGCAUGCCCUGUACUGUACCAUCUCCUGAGUCUAAUUCUCUUUGCAUGAACUCUGGUAUAAUCUAGGAAGCAGAUUUGGGCACAUUCUGAGGUGGUACAGUUCAUUCAUACAGUAAUAUCUGCUGUUGGAGAUAAAUAAAUCAGGGUUUAAAUUAACGGGAGAUUAUUAGAUAUAAAAUAUCUCCCCGCAUAAGUAUUUUGUGUAACUUGAAUUGGUUGAGUUUGAAGGAAAUAUUUAAAGCAGUGAUUUAUAGUUUAACACACUGACCUUAAAUACAGAAUGUACUGAUUUUGUACAAAUAUAUAUAUAUUAUAUAAUAUAUAAAAAUAAGUGAAUUGAA